UUGAAAUAUAUAGAUCAUGAAAAACAAUUCCAAAUUUUACCAACUCAUAUAUUAUGAGAGCAAGAAAACCUUUCUCCAUAUCCUCGCUCUCCUAAGUGGGCUUGGCAUGCCAUUUGAUUACGUGUAUAUACCAGAUGGCAUAUAUAACUUGUACAAUCUUCGUUCUACUUACAGCUAGCUAGCCAGAAAUUAAAGCUUGAAUUCUGGCAACCACUCCCAAUACACCUAUAUAUAUGUUGAAGAAUUGGUCAGGAUUCUUCAAUUCUUAAUCACUUGUUUUUUUUUUUUUUUUUGGUUUUCUUGAUCAUCAACUUGAUGAUGACGACAAAAUGGAGGAAUUUGGUUGAGGAGAUGAAACCGGUAGUGAUGAUGGUGACGGUGAUGGUGGCAUACGGCGGAAUGAGCAUUUUGUACAAAGUGGCUUCCAAUGGUGGGAUGAGUUUGAGGGUUCUUAUUGCUUACCGCUUCAUCUUUGCUGCCGCUGUUAUUACUCCUCUUGCCCUCUAUAUUGAGAGGUUUGUCUUUUCUUCCAUCACUUCAUUUCUUAUUUUCUAGCGGGGUGUUUAGAAUUAAUUUUGCUUCAGCUUCUUUUCUAAAAAAAACGAAAUCAAAAUCAGUUUUUCAGAAACCGGUCUUACUCGGCUCUUGGAGGUAUUUCGAAUACCCAGAAAUACAGUUUCACCCCAAACAUUCCAAUAUUUGUUUCAACUAUGUUAAAAAUACAAGCAUAGUUUUAAGAGAUAUCCAAACACUCGUUUGAUUAAAAAAAACAGAGAAAAUACUUGCUCAUUCGUUUUGUUCACGUGUUUGAAUUGACCGGGAAAAUAGAAUAAUUGAUUUCAGGUUACCACCUAAAAAAACCUGUGUGUAUCGAAGAUCUGUACGUGAAUUUUUAAGGAAUCUUUAUUAGAGACACUUUUUAUCGCCUUCAAUGUCUUUUAAUUUUUCUACAAUGUAAUAAUUUAAGGUAGACGGUAUCUAUGAUCUUAGUGAUUGAAUCCAUCAAUAGAAUUAAACACUUGAAAUAUUAUCAAUUUUAUCAAGUCAAUUUAAUACUAAUAAUCCCUAUCUUUACUUAUCUACACAAAUCCCACUACUGGAAUAAUAAACCCAACUGGCUAGUCACUUAACUCAAUUUACAAAAACGAAUCAAAGGAUUAUGAUAAUAAAAAGAUCGUUUCUAUUUAUGAAAAAAGCAUUGAGAAUGCUACGUAGUAUAUUUGAUCUCAAAUUAAUUUAUGUCCACUUUGAGUAUAACUUAAUACCCGUAUUGAAUAUGAUACAUUUCAUAAAAAUAUAGUAUAAAAAUAUGAACAAAUAGAUCCAUUUCUGUUCUACCAAAAAAAUGAAAUCUCUUCGAUCUAUCUACUCUUUUAUUUCUUGUCAAUAUAUAUAUUCUUCGUAUACGUAUACCGUAGUAUGAAGGAAUCAGAGUUAAAUCGAUUUCUAUGGGUCACAAAUUAUUACUCCGGUAUUAAAAAAAAGGGUGACAGUUUAAAAAGUUACACUACACUUGUCAAAGCUUAUUAUUUCAACAUAUAUGUACUAGAAUCGAGGGGCCUCUUCCGCCCCUCCUUGACCGCAUAACUAAAGAAUAUUCAUUGCAACUUUAAUAUAGAAACAAUUAAAUACGAAGUACUCCGUUUUCAAUCAUAAUUCUUCAUAAAGUAACUUUUACACCUUUCAUGUGCUUAGUGGAUGCUUUGUUACGUACUUACGUGACACAUAACACAAUAUCCUUUUUGAUAGAAACAACUCAUAUGAGUACAAUUAAUAUUCACUAAAGUGGUACUUAAACAUUUUAAUUUGGAGCAUCUAGCAAGCUAGAUAAUAUCAUAGAUAUGAUUAUGUCAUAUAUAUGUUGAAACAAUUACGCUGCCUAGGGUCACUCGAUCCCUGAAAUCUACAAUCGGCUAGCUUGAAAUCUCUAAUAAUAAUAAUCGAUUGUUGUAAUAGCUCUAUUUUUCUAGUUUUAUUUCCCGAAAAGCUAUUUUUUUAAUUUAAAGAAAAUGAAAACGAAUAUCGUACAAGGACCAUAAAGUAUCAAAAAUUGAACCAUCCAUUCCCCAAAUCUCUCCUUUGUGAGAAGUCUUGGGUUCAAUUCCCACUAAAGAGAGAUGAGGGAUCGGAGGUCUUGUUCCCCAUGAUUCUCUCUACUUUCAUGGAGUUGCUCAACGACUGAGAAGAGAGAGGAUGAUAAUUAAGAUAUUGGGUUCAUGUGGUGGGAGAAGCAACCUAGAACAAACGGUGAUGUGAGUCAUGCUGGAUUAGUCCCCUUUGGAGCAGGUACCGACAAAGUUGAUUGUGAUCAGACUCUGGGAUUAUGUGGAGCGUGAGUCCCACCCUCUGGAUUAUAAACAAAGAGUUUAACCACUAUAUUUUAUAAAGGGGAAAUAGAAACUAAUAAUCCAACCUUUUAGCGGUCUUCUUACAAUAAUCCAACCUUUUGGUUAUUCAUAAAUAAUCCAACCUUUGCACCUCAUCUUCAUUCACUGGUCCCUGACCGGUUGAUAACCUGCUAUUCCAAGCUAUUUUCUUAUCUUUGCAAAUCAUUAUACCAAAAAUCUCAUCUUUCACAAAGAUAAUAUUUUGCAAAGAUAAGAAAAGAACUUGGAAUAGUAGGUCAUUAACCGACCAGGGACCAAUGAAUGAAGAUGAGGUACAAAGGUUGGAUUAUUCAUGAAUAAUCAAAAGGUGAGAUUAUUGAAAGAAGACCGCUAAAAGGUUGGAUUAUUAGUUUCUAUUUUCCCUUUUAUAAAUCAAUAAAUCAACAUAUAGGAUUGACAAGAAUAAUAAUUGUUUUUACAAAAGGAAGAUAAAUACUAUCGUAGUAAAGGCGGCGUCAAAUUUCAAUUAAGCGUGGGCGCACACAAUACGUACACACCUAGCUAGUAGCUAGGGACAUCGAGACAUUCGCUGAAAAUGACUCAAUAAAAUACGGAGUAACAUUUAUUAAUAAAAAAUGUUAUGUAGAUCGAAAAAGAUAUACUCAAUUCAACAUGUAGAUCGUAAUAAAAUGACUAUUACUCAAUUCAACAUGUUAAAUAAAAAAUUUGAUAUUGAGUAAAACAUUGACCGAUAAGAAAGGUAUAAAAAGGGUCAGAUCAAUGAAUUCUUAGAGAGAAUAUGUUUCACUAUGAGCCUAUGAUCAGUUUACUAAAGAUUCUCAAAUUAGUAGGACAAGUAAAACAAGUCGGAGGGAGAAUUACGUUUUGAGAGCAUCUCCAAUGGUAAAAUGUACACGGUGCACAUGUGGCAUGAGAAAUAGCCACAUAAAUAUUAACAAAUAAAUUGUCUUUCUCCUUAUUUGAAUGAUAUUAUACAAUUUUGGUAUGUUUUUCCCUGCAAUGCAUAUGUCAACGACAACGUCAACGACAAUGUCAACAUCUAGACGGUCUCCUUGACAUUGUGGAGAAAAACUUACCAAAACUGUAUAAAAUCAUUCAAAUAAGGAGAGAAAGAAUUUAUUUACUAAUAUUUAUGUGGCUAUCUCUCAUGCCACAUGUGCACCGUGCACAUUCUACCAUUGGAGAUACUCUGACCCAUAAUUUUAUAUUCUUCGUUUUAAUCUAAUCCCCGUAUUAUAAUAUACGGAGUAUAAUAUUCCUUAUAUAUUACACACACGUAAGGAUUGAAAAAGACUUAAUUCUUUUUAUAUACUUGUUGUGAUCAUUAUAUAUAAGUAGUAUGUAUUAAUUAAUGUAUAUGUACUAACAUAUACUCCGUAAAUGUUGCACAAGUAACGAUCACUCAGGAAUACGAGGCCAAAGCUCACGCGGAUGAUUCUCGUGCAAGCCUUUUUCUGCGCAUUAUUUGGGGGUUCAAUGAAUCAAAAUUUGUUCGCGGAGAGUGUAGUCCUGACCUCGCCGACUUUUGCCAGUGCCAUCGUUAAUCUCAUUCCUGCAUUUACUUUCAUCUUAGCCAUUCCUUUUGGGUUGGAAAAAGUGGGUCUGAGAACGAGGGCCGGGCAAGCGAAAGUGGCUGGAACAUUACUUGGGAUAGGAGGGGCAAUGGUCCUAAGUUUCUACAAAGGGGCCCAACAUCAAAUUUGGUCAACACGAAAAAGUGGACACGUGGCAGCUGCACCACAACCGCCACACACUUCGGGGUCCCACUUAUUGGGUGUUUUCAUGUCACUAGCAUGCGUUCUCUCUAGUGCAAUUUCCUUAAUAGUUCAGGCUAAGAUGAGCAAGGUGUACGACUGCCAUUAUUCUAGCACCGCCUUGAUCACCGUCAUGGGCUCGCUUCAAUCGGUGGUGUUUGCAUUCUGUACGGAGAGGGGUUGGAGCCAAUGGAAAUUAGGAUGGAACCUUAGGCUCCUCAUUGUUCUUUAUGCUGGGGUGAUAGCAUCGGCAUUGGCAAUAACUUUUACAAUGUGCAGCCUACGAAUGAGAGGCCCUUUGUUUGUAUCGGUUUUCAACCCAUUGACGCUCGUGUCUGUGGCCAUUGUUAGUACUCUCUUCCUCAAAGAGGAGCUUUUCGUGGGAUGUGUGAUUGGAGCGGUAACAAUAAUUGCGGGGUUAUACAUGGUGAUAUGGGGAAAGAAGGCAGAAAUGAAGAGCAUCUCCGACGUAAUACCAUCAUCUAGAAGUAUCGGGAAUGAAGAAGAAGAAGAAGGUUCACAUAUCAACCGGAGAAAUGGUGUCGUCGACCUUGACAACAACCACCACGUUGUCAUUUCUCCCAACUUGAAUUUUCUAUGGUACUCUAAAACUGAAGAAGUAAGAGGAGAAGAAAAUGAAAUGGAACUCAAAGAAGGAACAAUUGUUGGACAAAGUUCUAAUGUCUAGCCAGUCUUAUAUUAUACAUCCGUACCCGUAGACGUAUACACUGUAAUAUAUUUUUUUUCAACAAUCGGACGACAAGUUUUAUUUGAUCUUAUACAAGAAAAUAAUGUUAUUUUAUCUUUUUU